AAGGAUUCUGCAAAGCAGUUCAGAAUGAAUUUUAUUUUUAAAUAACUGUUUUCAUACCACUGGAUAAAACUAACGGAGCGAGCUUUUUCACCCUGUCAAGUGCGGCAAUGCAAGAAAGGCCGUUUCUGUUGCUGAUUGUAUAGCAAUCAUAUGUGAGAACAAAACUAAAAAGAGAGAAGCUCGCGCGAGUCUCGGAGCCCAAUCGGAUUAAGAAAAAUGUCACUUUCCAUGCAAACGGAAUUACAAUUUUUCACUGUCGUACUAUAACAUGACAAGAGCCUGCCUCAGAAUGGUUAGUCGAUUAGUCGUCGUCAGAGCAACACCAUCAGUCCGGAACUCGUAAGGAAAUAUUAACACUUAGGGCAGUUACGGUGUGAAAAGCCGCUCUUCGAAUUUUGUUCGUGUGAUUGGUGCGAAAGGUGAUCAAGCGGCGGCGAUGGUUACUAAGUAUAAACAAACAAACACCAACGGAUUACCGGCGCGGAAUCUCAACGUCGCUGUUGUUGGGGGAGGAUUGGUGGGUUCUCUUUUCGCACUCCACUUGGGCAAAAAGGGUCACGAGGUUGAUUUGUACGAGUACAGAGAAGACAUUCGAACAGCCGAGUUGGUAAUCGGUCGGAGUAUCAACCUCGCACUGUCUGCCCGUGGCCGCAAAGCGCUUGCCGAAGUAGGCCUAGAGGGGACACUGCUCCAGCAUGGAAUCCCGAUGAAAGGCCGCAUGCUACACGAUCUGAAAGGAAACCGUAAGUUCGUUCCGUAUGACGCCAAUACCAACCAGUGCAUAUACUCGGUUGGCCGCAAACAUCUGAACGAGGUGCUUCUCGACGCCGCGGAAAAAUAUCCGAAUAUCCAUCUGCACUUUAAUAAGAAACUUGUACGAGCUGAUUUGGACGAAGGAAUUCUUAAUUUCGUCAACCCAUUGACGGAAGAAACCCACCAAGCUGAAGCGGACCUGAUCGUUGGAUGCGAUGGAGCGUUCAGUGCAGUACGCAAGGAAAUUAUUAAACGGCCGGGAUAUGAUUUCAGUCAGACUUACAUCGAGCAUGGUUAUUUGGAGCUGUGUAUUCCACCUACGAAGGAGGGCGAUUUUGCUAUGCCCCACAAUUAUCUGCACAUUUGGCCGCGGGGAAAAUUCAUGAUGAUUGCUCUACCCAACCAGGAUCGCACGUGGACGGUGACGUUGUUUAUGCCGUUUGCAAACUUCAGCAGUAUUAAAUGCGAUCAGGAUCUGAUUCGUUUCUUUCGGCAAUACUUCCCGGAUGCAGUCGAUCUAAUUGGUCAAUCCAGGUUGAUAAAGGAUUUUUUCAAGACAACACCUCAAUCGCUGGUGAUGAUCAAAUGUAAACCGUACAACGUAGGUGGAAAGGCACUGAUCAUAGGUGACGCAGCCCACGCAAUGGUUCCUUUCUAUGGUCAGGGAAUGAACGCAGGCUUUGAGGAUUGCUCGGUACUUACGGAGUUGUUCAACCGCCAUGGUAACGAUAUAGACAGAAUUUUGGCAGAGUUCAGUGAAACACGCUGGGAAGAUGCACACUCGAUUUGUGACCUGGCCAUGUAUAAUUAUGUUGAGAUGCGAGAUCUUGUAACGAAGCGCUCAUAUCUCUUCCGAAAAAAACUGGACGAGUUGCUGUUUUGGUUGAUGCCAAAUACCUGGGUUCCACUGUAUAACUCAGUUUCGUUUUCUCACAUGCGCUAUAGUAGGUGCAUAGCUAAUCGCAAAUGGCAAGAUAAGAUUUUGACUCGUGUUCUGUACUGCUCCUCAUUUGCAGCAGCUGCAAUCGUUGGUGUUUGCAGUUACAAAUAUGGUAGUUUGCAGCAGUUGGAAUCAAUCACAAAUUCGUUCAAUAAACUACUUAAGCUUAAGUGAUCAAUCUGUAGCUAUCUUAUCGAAUCAAGUCAUUUAACUGCAAUUUCAUUCCUAAACAAAUGUCUUUUAGAAAAUUAUACGAGCAGGAUGCUUAAAUUAAUUGUACGAAAAGAGCUUUAAUGUAAUGAAUAUAAAUAAAUAACGGUAAAGUGAGUGAACUUUACUAGAUGCCUGACUUAUUGGCUCU